GACUCAAAGUAUCUCUGUGGCUACUGUUACAUCUACCACACCAGUCGUAGUUUAGUAGUAUCUAUACCAAUACGCCUCUUACCUUUAAUUACGAAACUACCCUCGCCGUCUCUUCAAGUUCCUUCUCCUCACCUUCACCGUUAAUGCCAGCAUCAGCAGCCGUACGAAUCUCAAUCUAAUGGCUAGGCCAGUUAUCCAAGACGGCGACGAAGAGAUCUCUCUCCUCGUGUUUAACGGUGACGGUGACGGCGACCGCUCGUGGCAGCUGAACUUCGACGAUUUCCAGGUUUCUCCUGAGCACAAGGAGAAGAAAUCUCCGAGCAAGCUCCAUAACUGUCUUGGCUGCUUGGGUCCAGAAGACAAUGUGGCAGAUUACUACCAGCAGCAAGUAGAGAUGCUCGAAGGCUUUACCGAAAUGGACGAGCUUGCAGUACGUGGCUUUGUCCCUGGAAUGUCAAAGGAAGAGCAAGAAAAUCUAGCUAAAAGCGAGACGUUAGCCAUCAGAAUAUCAAACAUUGCGAACAUGGUUCUCUUCGCCGCUAAAGUCUACGCCUCCGUCACCAGCGGCUCUCUAGCAAUCGUUGCUUCCACGUUGGACUCUCUUCUCGAUCUUCUUUCUGGAUUCAUCCUCUGGUUCACUGCCUUUUCGAUGCAGACGCCGAACCCGUAUCAGUAUCCCAUCGGCAAGAAACGGAUGCAGCCGCUGGGAAUCCUCGUCUUUGCAUCGGUGAUGGCCACGCUUGGGCUGCAGAUCAUCUUGGAGUCUCUUCGCACGAUGGUAUCCAGUCAAAAGGAGUUCAGCUUGACAAAAGAGCAAGAGAGCUGGGUGGUUGGGAUCAUGCUCUCCGUUACAUUAGUUAAACUCCUUCUCGUUCUUUACUGCAGAUCAUUCAGCAACGAGAUUGUUAAAGCUUAUGCUCAAGACCACUUCUUCGACGUCAUCACAAACAUCAUUGGACUCAUUGCAGUGAUCCUCGCUAACUACAUCGAUAACUGGAUGGAUCCAGUUGGAGCCAUCAUUCUUGCGUUGUACACAAUACGGACAUGGUCAAUGACGGUUCUGGAGAACGUGAACUCACUCGUCGGGAAAUCAGCAACGCCGGAGUAUCUUCAGAAGCUGACUUACCUGUGUUGGAACCACCAUAGAGAGAUCAGGCAUAUUGACACGGUGAGGGCGUACACGUUUGGGUCUCAUUACUUUGUGGAGGUUGAUAUUGUUCUUCCAGCUGAUAUGCCUCUGCAAGUGGCUCAUGAUAUUGGAGAAGCGCUGCAAGAGAAGCUGGAGCAGCUGCAGGAGAUUGAAAGGGCUUUUGUGCAUCUUGAUUAUGAGUACACUCACAAACCGGAGCACGCUAGUUCCCACUGUUAGCUUGCGGUGAAGGUGUCUCUACGUCUACAAAAUUCUUACAGAUUUAAGAAUCUUCAAUCGUAUUGUUUAGUAGACAAGUGUACCUUUGUUGUUCUACUAGUAAAACUUAUAAAUUUCUAAAUGAAAAAGUUCAUUUCAGUAAUGACUGAUUUUGUUUGGGUGUAUGGUAAAAACUGUAGCUCUAACUGGUGAUCACUAAAUAAAUAAUAUGAACAAAAAAAAAAUUAGGAACAAAAUAAUAAAAGUUAAGAAAAAUAUUUAUUAUUUAUUUUUAUUCUCUAAUUCAAUGAGAUUUUUUUUAUUGUAUUACUUUUAAAAAAAAAAAAUAGAGGAAUGAGAAAAAACUGUGUAGAAUUAUUAUUAUUUUUUUUUAAAUGAUAAUUUUUAAAAUCAGGAUUUUUUUUACUAUUCUUACUACUUUGAGUCAACAAGGCUUACAAUUAAAAUGUUCUGGUCUGGUUCAUUUCAAUGAAUCGGUUUGUAUUAAACUAGAUGAAACCGAACCGAAUCAAUAUCGGUUUGGAAUAAAGUAACCAUUUUUGUUUCUCCCACAUCGGGAAAUUGAGACGGAUGGGUCUUGUGGAUGCUAGUAUAAAGUGUUGAGGGUGGUCUGGUAUUAAAAACUUGCCUUAAACUAAUGAGUAAGGAAAACAAAGCGAGCGAUGAGAGCCGGUCGCAGCGCUGACAGUAAAACAUAGAAAGUGGCGCAAGAAUUUAUGGAAGGGAAAUAGGCUGGCCGAACCGUUGACGCUGCUUACUUUUGCAGAACUCGAUUCGUGCGGGGGCCUCCACCAUCCCCCAAUUAAAAGUCUCCAAUCCGUAAAGAACAUUUUGAGGCUCUAUGUCAUCGAUAGAAAGGUGUGGAAAGGCCCACAUCUGGUUUCUUUGCGUUUUGGUGGGCUUUAGAGAUUAGAGGCCUAGACAGAUUAGGUUUAGUUGUCUCCUACCCUUAUAUGUUUUCAGAGUUGCAGCCGUAAGCAAACCGUCAAGCUCACCGUAACGUCGUCGGCUCCAAUUAAUACAUUGUGGAGAGGCUUCGAGUUCUUCGCCGAGGAGGACUCCCACGCGCUGCUCCUCGCAACCAAUCUCGUAGAGGCUUUCUUAAACCUUUAAUCUUACCUUCCCUUCUCUUCUUUGAGAUGGAAGAAACUGUGUUUAUAGGUUAUUUGAUUUUGAAGGUGGAGAGGAAUGACGCAAAAGAUUAGCCUCAUGCUAAAUGGAGACUUUCUUCAACGUACCCUAAGACUAACAUGGUUCCUCUUCAGAAAGUCAUACAUCUUCAGUAAAAGAUCAUACGAAAUGUUUUUUUCUUAACUUAUUAUUAGGAGACUCAGGUACUUUGAAGGUGAAGAUCAAAGUGUCAAGAAGCUAGAUGGUCAGCAUCGUGGAAGUUUGGUCUCAAAGGCAUGCUUGAACAAAGGACCAAGAAGGAACAGAAGCGAUGAUGACAAGAGAAGGAAGCUGAGUCCUCUGGAAAGAAAGCUGAAGUUGCAAGACAUGUGGACUUGUCUGUUGCAUUAGUUUUUUUAAAAAUUUUAUUUCCAAGCUCAACAAAGUCAGAGCACUUGAAGUCUUUCAUAGAUUAUGUUGUGUUGCUUUAUAUUUUCUAAAUUUGCACCGCUCAGACAUUUCAAGUUCAUAAAUUUGCACUUCCACCCA